ACUGCUCAAACAUAUCCCUUGCCAAAGGCAGGCGCCUCCACUGGGCAUGUCGUGGUGGUCUUCGGUGCAGUGGUGGACGCCCAAUUUGAUGAGAGGCUGCCACCCAUCCUAAAUGUCCUGGAAGUGCAAGGAAGGGAAACCAGGCUGGUUUUGGAGGUGGCCUAGCAUUUGGGUGAGAGCACGGUAAGGACAAUUGCCAUGGAUGGUAUAGAAGGUUUGGUUAGAGGCCAGAAAGUCCUGGAUAUUGGUACACCAGUCAAAAUUCUUGUUGGCCCUGAGACCUUGCAUAGAAUCAUGAACAUCAUUGGAGAACCUACUGAUGAGAGAGGUCCCAUCGAAACCAAACAAUUUGCUGCCGUUCGUGCUGAGGCUCCUGAAUCCAUGGAGAUGAGUGCUGAGCAGGAAAUUCUUGCUACUGGUAUCAAGGUUGUGGAUCUGCUGCCUCCCUAUGCCCAGGGUGGCAAAAUUGGGCUCUUUGGUGGUGCUGGAGUUGGCAAGACAGUACUGAUCAUGGAGUUAAUCAACAAUGUUGCAAAAGCCCAUGGUGGUUACUCUGUGUUUGCUGGUGUUGGUAAGAGGACCCAUGAGGGCAAUGACUUAUACCAUGAAAUGACUGAGUCUGGUGUUAUCAACUUAAAAGAUGCUACCUGCAAGGUCGUGCUGGUGUAUAGUCAAAUGAAUGAAUCUCCUGGUGCCGCCCGGGUAGCUCUGACUGGACUGACUGUAGCUGAAUACUUCAGAGACAAAGAAGGUCAAGAUGUAUUGCUGUUUAUUGAUAACAUCUUUUGCUUCACCCAGGCUGGCUCAGAGGUGCCUGCUUUAUUGGGCAGAAUCCCUUCUGCAGUGGGUUAUCAGCCUACCCUGGCCAUUGACAUGGGUACCAUGUAGGAAAGAAUCACCACCACUGGGCUUCCCUGGUAUCUAGCUGUGGAUCCUCUGGACUCCACCUCUCACAUCAUGGAUCCCAACAUUGUUGGCAAUGAGCAUUAUGGUGUUGACUGUGGGGUGCAAAAUAUCCUACAGGACUACAAAUCCCUCCAGGACAUCAUUGCCAUGCUGGAACAGGCCUUCUAUAUGGUGGAACCCAUUGAAGGAGCUGUGGCAAAAGCUGAUAAGCUGGCUGAGGAGCACUCAUGA